CGAGAGUAUCCAGUAGCAAAAUUAAUUGAUUUUAUUCGUGAGCGAAUGCAAAAAUGGUUUACAGAGCGUCGUGAUUUAGCACAUUCAACUACAACUAUUCUGCCUAAAGAGCGUGAACAUGAGCUUAUAGUUCUGCAACGUGAAGCAUUUCGUAUGCAGGUUGUUGAUAGGCGCUGUCGAUCUUUUGUUGUUGAUUUGAAGAAAAAAAUUUGCACAUGCUGUGCAUUUCAAUUGGAUCAAUUUGUGUGUGUACAUGCUGUAGCUGCGAUUUCCAAAGCACCAAACAUGUCAUGUUAUGAUUUCAUUUCGCCUUUUUUAUAAACGUGACGCGUUGUGUGCUACUUACAAUGGGAUUGUUCAUCCAAUUUGUGAUGUUGCUGCAUGGAAUGUCCCUGCUGAUGUUCAAAGUAUGAUCUGCAAACCACCUAAGUGUGAAAAGACGCCAGCUGGAAGGCCAAAGAAGAAGAGGAUACCAUCUGUUGGAGAGUUUCCUACAUUUAAAAAAUCAAAAAA